UCGGAUAGAGAGGUAUGAAACUCACAAGGCUAUUCUUGAGUGUUCGUUAGUUGAAGGCAAGCCGGUCGCCACUCAUGUCUUCGAAAUGAUUGGUUAUUUCGAAGCCAUGGAGAGGUUGGGCUUUCCUUAUAGCCAAGAGUUGGCUACUGACAUCAUUCUGCACUCACUUCAUAAGGGGUUCAAUACGUUUCGAUUGAAUUUCAAUAUGAACGGGGUGUCGAAAACCCUUGCUGAGUUGCAUGGGAUGCUCAUGACUGCCGAGCAAAACAUCACUAUUGCACCUAAGAAGGAAGUUCUUAUGGUUCAAAAGGAAAAGGGUUUUAAGAAGGAAUGGGCUGGCAAGAAAAAGCAAGAUAAGGGCAAGCAAGUUGCCACUAAGACUGCUAUUAAGCCACAGGCAAAGGCAAAGCCAAAGGUGGCCGCAAAUGCCAAGUGCUUCUAUUGUGAUCAAAUAGGUCAUUGGAAGCGUAACUGCCCAAAGUACUUGAAGGAUAAGAAGUCUGGGGCUUCUUCUUCAGGGACUAAGAAGGAGUAGAACUUUGGCUAAAGGAGAGGUGGAACUGCGAGUUGGAAAUGGUGCAAGAGUUGCAGCCGUUGCAGUUGGGACUUAUAGUCUACCUUUGCCUUCUGGAUUAAUAUUAGAGCUUAAUAAUUGUUAUUAUGUUCCUGCUAUUACCAAAAACAUUAUUUCUAUUCCUGUUUUGGAUAAUGAAGGGUUUUCAUUUACAA